CAUGGCGAUCGGUGGGACCGCGUUUAGCCAAUAGAAGGUCAGGAGAGGCGGGGCGAAGCAAGUUUCAGAGACACGUGUACAGGGAACAAGGAAGUAAAUAGUCGGUGGACUUUCUCAGCUGGUACUGGAGUGGUAAAGGUUUGGCAUCAUGAUCGCUGGCUACAGCCCCAUGGUCCAGGCCCUCCUCGGCACGCUGUUCACCUGGGGCCUGACUGCCGCAGGGGCGGCGCUGGUGUUCGUCUUCUCCAGCGGCCAGAAACGGAUUCUUGAUGGCAGCCUGGGCUUCGCAGCUGGGGUGAUGCUGGCUGCCUCCUACUGGUCCCUGCUGGCCCCGGCCAUCGACAUGGCCGAGGAUUCUGGGAAAUACGGCGCCUUCGCCUUCCUGCCGGUCGCCGUGGGAUUCACGCUCGGCGCCGCCUUCGUGUACGCCGCUGACCUGGCGAUGCCGUUGCUGGGGGUGGGCGAUGACCCCCACAAGGCCCUGGCCCUCCCCGUGGACUCCAGGCCCCCCAAGGAGAAGGAGGAAGACUCGCCCCCCCAGCUCACAGACCCCCAGGAGCUGGCCAUCAGGAUAGAUAAGAUUGAAAACGGGGAGGUGUACCAGAGGAGGAGGGGUCCUCCCUCCGGCCCUGUCGAGGAGCAGGGCGGGGCUCGCGGUCCCCAGGAAGGGGCGGGGCGAACCGGAAGCAGCUGGAGACGCAUCGUACUGCUCAUCCUGGCCAUUACCAUCCACAACAUCCCCGAGGGGCUGGCCGUUGGCGUGGGAUUUGGCGCCGUUGGGAAAACCCCGUCCGCCACCUUCGAGAGCGCCAGGUUCCUCAGGUAUGGCCAGCUGAGUGGGAUGGUGGAGCCGAUUGCCGGGUUAAUAGGCGCGGUUGCCGUAGUGAUGGCAGAGCCGUUGCUCCCGUACGCGCUAGCCUUCGCCGCAGGCGCCAUGGUCUACGUGGUCGUGGAUGACAUCAUCCCCGAGGCACAAGUCAGUGGAAACGGGAAGCUGGCCUCCUGGACCUCCAUCUUGGGCUUCGUGGUGAUGAUGUCACUGGACGUGGGCCUGGGCUGAAUUUGGUCACCGCGGCAACCGCCCGGAAAAAAAAACAGAAAUCAAGGGACCAAGUUUUGACUUUUUUUUUUUUUAAUUUUUCCAAAAUGUCUGUCUUUUUUUUUUUUCAUUUGUUUGUUUGUAAAUGGGGGAUAAUUGCCUUUAUCUAAUACAAUUUCUUAAAAAUACAAACCAAAAAAAAAACUGAAACAUAAGAAAAGAAAAGCUUGUACAAUUUUUAUUUUAUUUUUAUUUUUUAAUUGAUGCUGACCAGAUAAAGUACUGUAAUCAUACUUGAAAUGUAAUAUUGGUGUGAGUGACAUGAAAGAUGUUUGUUUUUUUUUGAGAUGGCAUGUUCUGAAUGUGUGGGUGACUAAGAGUUCCUCUCCCAGCUUGGUUCUACCUUCCCUUUUCUGGCCAGUUUGACUCCCUUGCUACACUGUGACUGCAGCACUUUGCACAGGAAGUGCGCUGUGUGAGAGCUUCCUCUUCCUGUUGAGCCUGCAGAAUGGGAUCAUCGGAUUGGUGCAGCUCUGUGCGGGCAGUGCACCUGAAUCGCGAUGCCUCCCCGUUAAAAUUUGAGCAGCCAAAGCUUAGAGAAUCUCUGCUCAAGUUCAGCUGCAAUUCUGUGUCCGCUGAAGCUGGAUCAUAUCUGGCAGCUAAGCUGCGUGUGUGUGUGUGUGUGUGUGUGUGUGUGUGUGUGUGUGUGAGAGAGAGAGGGAGAGUAGUUUUCUCUCUACUUGGCCCUGUUCUUCUGCGGUGGAUUGAUGGAGAGAGGGAGGAAUUGAAAGAGGCAAAGCAAAGGAUGAAGUGAGAGAGGGAGGGGUGAAGAGGGAGGGAGGGAUGGACAGACCCCAUCCUCCCUCACCGUGUUCACCCAUCAUCCCUCACUGUGUUUACCCUGUUUACCAUGACUGUGUUUACCUGCCUGUUCCUCACUUCUGUUCAUUCCCCGUGGGAUAUUCCAGUGCGUUCAGGUCCGUUUCUCUGGUCCGUAUGAAGGAAGUGGGGGAGAUGUUGGUCCCUUUAUUUGUUCUCUCGCUUUUUAGAAUCUUACCUGCGUUCCGAUUAAAUUAAGAAAAUGAAGGGGGCGGUGUGAUUGAGGGCUUAAUGGGGGGUAAUAAAUGAUUGAGUUUUCUAA